UCCACUCAGAAGCUAUCCGAUAAUAUGUCGAGCAAUGGUGUAUUAAAGGAAGCAAAGGUUCCUCUGAUCGGAGAUUUAUCACCGGCGGUUCGACUCGAAGCCGAAAAAGAUGAGAAUCAAGCUAUUACGAAAAGGGUAUGGGUUGAAUCAAAGAAGCUAUGGCAGAUUGUCGGUCCAGCAAUUUUCAGCCGCCUUGCUUCUUACUCCAUGCUGGUUAUCACUCAAGCUUUUGCAGGUCAUCUCGGUGAUCUCGAGCUUGCCGCCAUUUCCAUUGCAAAUAAUGUCGUCGUCGGAUUUGACUUUGGCCUCUUGUUGGGGAUGGCGAGUGCUUUGGAGACGCUAUGCGGGCAAGCGUUUGGGGCAAAGAAGUUCUACAUGUUGGGAGUAUACAUGCAGCGUUCAUGGAUCGUUCUUUUCCUGUGUUGCGUGUUGCUUUUGCCGUUGUAUCUCUUUGCUUCGCCGGUGCUGAAGCUGCUGGGGCAGCCGGAAGACGUGGCGGAGCUUUCGGGGGUGGUGUCUAUGUGGAUGUUACCGCUUCAUUUCAGCUUCGCGUUUCAGUUCCCGCUGCAACGAUUCCUGCAGAGCCAGCUUAAAAACAUGGUGAUUGCGUGGGUUUCGCUGGUGGCUCUACUGGUCCAUGUGUUCGUCAGUUGGUUGUUUGUGUAUAGGUUUCAGCUUGGUGUGGUCGGAACCGCCGUGACAUUGAAUUUUUCUUGGUGGGUUUUGGUGGUCGGACUGUUUGCUUACACCGUGUGCGGUGGCUGUCCUCUUACUUGGACUGGUUUCACCGUGGAGGCGUUUUCUGGCCUCUGGGAAUUCGUCAAACUCUCCGCCGCUUCUGGGGUUAUGCUCUGCUUGGAGAAUUGGUACUAUAGGGUAUUGAUUUUGAUGACUGGAAAUCUGAAAAACGCCGAGAUUGCCGUUGAUGCUUUGUCUAUAUGCAUGUCGAUUAAUGGAUGGGAACUGAUGAUACCUUUCGCUUUCUUUGCUGGAACCGGAGUGAGGGUGGCAAAUGAGCUUGGUGCUGGGAAUGGGAAAGGAGCAAAGUUGGCAACCACAGUAUCAGUGGUGACAUCAGUUAUAAUCGGAAUCUUCUUCUGGUUGUUAAUUAUGAUCUUUCAUGAUAGCAUUGCUCUCAUAUUCUCCACAAGCCAACCUGUUCUUCAAGCAGUCAGCAGGCUCUCUUUUCUCUUGGCCUUCACCAUUUUACUCAACAGUGUCCAGCCAGUUCUAUCCGGAGUGGCAGUGGGAUCUGGAUGGCAAUCCUACGUCGCAUACAUAAAUCUGGGUUGCUACUAUCUCAUAGGGGUUCCAAUUGGAUUCUUGAUGGGAUGGGGCUUCAACCUUGGUGUAAUGGGAAUUUGGGCUGGAAUGAUCUUCGGAGGGACAGCAGUUCAGACAGUGAUACUGGCUAUCAUUACCAUGCGCUGUGAUUGGGACAAAGAGGCUGAGAAAGCAAGCAUGCACGUGCAGAAGUGGUCGGAGACGAUGUAGCUAUUGUUCAACACAUGCAAGGAUAUAUAAUAGAAGUAUUAUAGUGAUCCGAAUGGCGUUUUGCCUGCUAAACUAUAGUAUAAUGUCUGCAAAUUGUUGUUUCCCUGCAGGUGCAAUCUUAUUUGUAAUUCUCUUUCGUUUUGGAAUGAAAAUGCAAAAAAAUUGUGGUGCAAA